CGUCCUGCUCUGCGGCGCAGGGGCAAGAUGGCUGCCGAGAAGCAGGUCCCGGGUGGCGGCGGCAGCGGCGGCGGCGGCGGCGGCGGUAGCAGUAGCGGUAACAGUGGUGGAGGCGGUGGACGUGGUGCCGGAGGAGAGGAAAAUAAAGAAAACGAACGCCCUUCAGCCGGGCCGAAGGCAAACAAAGAAUUCGGGGAUAGCCUGAGUUUGGAGAUUCUUCAGAUUAUCAAGGAAUCUCAGCAGCAGCAUGGUUUGCGGCAUGAAGAUUUUCAGAGGUACAGGGGUUACUGUUCCCGCAGACAGAGACGUCUUAGGAAAACACUCAACUUCAAAAUGGGGAACAGACACAAAUUCACAGGAAAAAAAAUAACUGAAGAUCUUCUGACUGAUAAUAGAUACUUGCUUCUGGUUCUGAUGGAUGCCGAAAGAGCCUGGAGCUAUGCCAUGCAGCUGAAAGAAGAAGCCCGCACUGAACCCCGAAAACGGUUUCACAUGCUGUCUCGCCUUCGCAAAGCUGUGAAACAUGCAGAGGAGUUGGAACGCUUGUGUGAGAGCAAUCGUGUGGAUGCCAAGACAAAGUUAGAGGCCCAGGCAUACACAGCUUACCUCUCAGGAAUGCUGCGCUUUGAACACCAAGAGUGGAAAGCUGCCCGAGAGGCCUUUACCAAAUGCACAACUAUCUAUAAGAAGCUUGCCAGUGCUUUCACAGAGGAGCAGGCUGUACUGUAUAAUCAGCGUGUGGAAGAGAUCUCACCCAACAUCCGCUACUGUGAAUAUAAUAUUGGGGACCAGUCAGCUAUCAAUGAACUCAUGCAGAUGAGACUGAGGUCUGGGGGUGCUGAAGGUCUCCUGGCUGAAAAACUAGAGGCCCUGAUCACACAGACUCGAGCCAAGCAGGCAGCUACCAUGAGUGAAGUGGAGUGGAGAGGGAGAACGGUGCCAGUGAAGAUCGACAAAGUGAGGAUCUUUCUCCUAGGCUUGGCUGAUAACGAAGCAGCCAUUGCUCAGGCUGAAAGUGAAGAAACCAAGGAGCGUCUGUUUGAAUCCAUGCUCAGUGAGUGUCGGGACGCCAUCCAGGCCGUGCGGGAGGAGCUCAAGCCAGAUCAGAAACAGAGAGAUUACACCCCUGAGGGGGAGUCAGGGAAGGUAUCUAAUCUUCAGUACCUGCACAGCUACCUGACCUACAUCAAGCUGUCAACGGCAAUCAAGAGAAAUGAGAACAUGGCUAAAGGUCUGCAGAAGGCGCUGCUGCAGCAGCAGCCAGAAGAUGACAGCAAGCGCUCUCCCCGGCCGCAGGACCUGAUCCGGCUCUAUGACAUCAUUCUACAGAACCUGGUGGAAUUACUACAGCUUCCUGGCUUAGAGGACGACAGAACCUUCCAGAGAGAGAUAGGCCUCAAGACCUUGGUGUUCAAAGCUUACAGGUGUUUUUUCAUUGCUCAGUCCUACGUGUUGGUGAAGAAGUGGAGCGAAGCCCUUGUCCUGUACGACAGAGUCCUGAAGUAUGCAGACGAAGUAAACUCUGACUCAGGAGCCUUCAAGAACAGCCUAAAAGACUUGCCUGAUGUGCACGAGCUCAUCACCCAAGUGCGGUCAGAGAAGUGCUCCCUGCAGGCCGCCGCCAUCCUGGAUGCAAACGAUGCCCAUCAAACGGAAACUUCCUCCCAAGUAAAGGACAAUAAGCCUUUGGUUGAACGGUUUGACACCUUCUGCCUGGACCCUUCCCUCGUCACCAAGCAAGCCAACCUCGUGCACUUCCCGCCUGGGUUCCAGGUCAUUGCCAUCCGAGCAGGAACAUCCCGCCGUGAUGAGUCACUCAGAGCCUCGGGUGUUCUGGCCAUGACUGACCGCCCUCCUCUGUGGAGCCAGCACUCUGAUGUGACUGAUGGGCAUGCCAGGGAGUGA